AUGUCGGACGGCCUUCGUGAUCCCAACCGACCCCGAUGCGAGGGGUGGCACAGUCGUGACCGAUGGGAGGGAAUUGAGGAGGCUUAUGAAGCGCCUAAAGAGGCACAACCCCAAGAAAAGUGGAAGGACAAAGUAGGGAAAUUCGCAGUCCACUUUGUCCAUUUCACUGGUCUCCAACAGUCGAUCUUCGGAGAGCGACGGCCAUCCCCUUUGCGCGAUCGCAAACACCGGCCUGAGCCCGAUGAACACCGUCACCGUCGUGAAACGAACACACGGCCGAAGGGACGUCACCGGAGCCCCGAUUCUCGACGAGAGCGGACCAAUCUCUCAAACCAUCCACGGCCACAGGCAUAUCCCUUCGACACGUCACAGCCCACGGAGUCCGGGUCGUCACGCUCCCGGGCAAGCUCCCACACGGCCGUCGAGGACCCCUACGAUUCUCAAGUCGAUGCACAUAAAGUCGCCACCCCGAGUGACUCGGACGACGAUUGCGAUGGCCUCUCGGUAGAUGUCAAAUGUCACCCAUCUGGUUCGGGCGAUACCCAUGAGAGAGAUGUCAGUAAAACCCUCGCGGGUUUAGACAUCAACCAAAAAAAGGACGUCGAUAUUAUCGCCCCAUCUAAUCCAUGUGGUGGUCACAAUAGCGAUGUCAACCAACCCCUCUCUAGUCUAGAACCAGCUGGGAAUAAGGAUCUCAACGUCGGCACCCCAUCUAAUUCAGAUGGAGAGUCGACCGCGGGUUUCCACGACACCCGACCCCAUUCGCAAGAGCUUCCGACUACGGCCAUCAACGUCGAUACCCUGCCUGACGCAGAUGAAGACGAUGAUGGCCUUUGCACCGAUAUCUCUUCUAGUCCAUCUGACUCGGACAGAAGCCAUGGUAGCGAUCUCAGCAACGCCCUCUCCGGUCUAGAAAUAGAUCACGAUGAGGACCUCGACGUUACUACCCUGUCUGAUUCUGAAAAGGAGAUGACCGCGAGUCUCCGUCGCCUUCGACCCUGUUCCCCAGGGCUCCUGACCGGAGCCUCUAGGGAUACAUCCGCCGUCCCAAACAAAGGCAGCCUUAAGGAUCAUGGUGAUGCUUCACACCCCUUGCAUGCCAUAUUGGACCCGGAUCAUAGGGAUACCACGGCCGACUCAGACUCAGACGACGGCGGAGAUCACCAUGGUACUCCUUCCUCUUCGGACGAGGCUUCCUCUUCUGAUGAGGUAUACUCUUCGGAUGAAGAAUUCCCUUUGGAUGAGACGUCCUCUUCAGACGAGACAUCCUCUUCAGACGAAACAUCUUCCUCGGAUGAGUUAUACUCUUCGGACGAAACAUCUUCUUCGGACGAGGUAUACUCUUUGGAUGGGACAUCUCCUUUGGAUGAGAUAUCUCCCUUAGACGGGUUAUCCUCUUCGGAUGAGGUAUACUUUUCGGAUGAGACACCUGAUCGAGAUGAAGACGAGGACAGUGAUCUUGAGUCCGGACCAUCCGACUCGGACGAGAAUUGGGAUGCUCCUCUCAGCGCUAGCCCGCUACACCCAGGUGAAGACCACGAGGUGGAGGACACCCCCAAUUCCGCCAUUCGCCCACAGCGUAGUGUAGAGGCGAAUGUUGGCGACACCUCUUCCAGUUCCGAAGAUGAGGAUCUGGUAACAAGCGACAGCGAUGGUUCAAAUGACGUUUCCUCUGAGAAUGAGGAACAAGUCGACGAUGAACUUGGCCAGGAUGAGGAAUAUACCACCAUAAAUCCUCAUACGAGCCCAGAGAAGCGAGAGGGAGCUUCGACCAUCGUCGCUGUUGACUCCGUUGAACCUGUUGUCCCUUCUUCGCCACAAGAGAAUGUGGGUAGCUCAGAGGACUCCAAGACAGAUGCCGCAUCAAGCCAUAGCACCCCUAAUACUGAGGGUCCUGGCUCGCCGCCACAGUCAUCUUCUUUGGACAAGCUACCUGACUAUCUCUUUGUGGGAUCCUUUGUCCGGAGAAAAUCAAGGCAUGACCUCCACCCUUAUCUCAUCAUCCGAAUCGAACAGGAUGAGGAUGGGAAGGUAUGCAUUCGGGCAUGUCUUUGCACGAGCCGUCCCCAGUACGAUAAACUCAAACAGCAGUAUAAGGAACCGGAUCAGGGGAAGAAGAAUUUCAUCUACCUUGGGGGAAAGGAGGUUAAUCCAGCAGGGUUCAAAUCCGAUGGCAUUGAAUUGCCAACUGAACCCGAACUGGAGAUCCAAGGCCCCGAAAUGCGCUAUUUUACCUACCUCGAACUUGACGAGUACGGCCGUUUCAAACCUGACGACUUUAAAAAAUUGUCGGGUGGGCCGCGCCAGUUAACUUCUUCAGAUUUGGACGAGGUUUUGAGCCAAUGUCAGCUACAUGGUUGCAAAAAGAGUCCUCUGAGAGCGUCCCCGUCGCGCAACCGGGAAUGCUCACGUUAA